AUGCAGCUCUCCUCCAUCACAGCAGCCCUCAGCCUCUUCUCUCUGGCUCUGGCGCAGGGCCGGACUUACCACCUCACUCUUGACAUCGACACCAGCGCUCAAGAGCUUGAUGUAGAAGCACACAGAUGUACAAACCUGGAUGACCCAAUCUUCGCUCGCAAUGCCCGGAUUGAACCUUCAACCCCGCAAAUCUACUUCUUCUUCUAUGAGCCGCAUUGCGAAGGUGGUCUUUCAAAUGUUGCUCCGAGACCGGAAUGGAACGUUGGGGUUUCUGAUUUCGAGGUUGGGAGUGUUUUGUGUAGGGGGUGA